AUGCGUCCGCGGCGAGGACUGGGUCGAACGUCGUGCAUGUUGCUGGCCAUCAACCUCGUUUUCAUCUUCACCUUCACACCAUUCAUGGCGCUGGAGUUGUUCAAGGCCGCAAAACCGGAUGUAGUUCACGCCAUGAGCGAGGUUCCGCUGGCCAUCUUCAAUCUGUUCCUGAAGUCUCAUCUGCUGAACAGUGCAGCCAAUCCCAUCGUCUACAGCUUGUGUGAUGUCAGUUUUAGACGACAGUGUCGUCAGUUCCUCAAAAGACGAUAG